GAUUCGUUUCAUAUUAAUCCAGAACCGCGCUGGCAAAACUCGGUUGGCGAAAUGGUAUAUGAAUUUUGAUGAUGAUGAGAAGCAGAAACUUAUAGAGGAAGUGCACGCUGUUGUUACCGUUAGAGAUGCUAAGCACACCAACUUUGUUGAGUUCCGGAAUUUCAAAAUAGUAUAUCGGAGGUACGCUGGUCUAUACUUCUGCAUAUGCGUUGACGUGAACGAUAACAACCUGUGUUAUUUGGAGGCAAUACACAAUUUUGUAGAAGUAUUGAAUGAAUAUUUCCACAAUGUCUGCGAGUUAGAUCUUGUAUUUAAUUUCUAUAAGGUAUACACUGUUGUGGAUGAGAUGUUCCUAGCAGGGGAGAUCAGAGAGACGUCUCAAACCAAAGUUUUAAAGCAGCUACUCAUGCUCAACUCGCUGGAAUGA